CGGCCAAAGGGGAACGUGUGCACUUAACUGCUGCACCGCCGGGCCGGCCCCUUGGUGUACCUUUAUAUAGCUGUAUCUUGAGUUAAUUUAUUGGGUUGAAUGAAAUUGCUAAUAGUUGCCCAUUCUUGACCUUCAUAAUUGGUGGUUUCCUGUGCUGGUUCUGACGGUUUUAUAGUCACUAGUGUUAUUGGACACAAGCCCUGAGUUAGAAUUGCAUUGUCACAGCAGUCUAGUAAGCUGUUUGGGCUGGGCACCAUGGGUACACAUGGGUAUGCCAAUCUUCCUUUUAGAGUUUAGUAUUGACUACUACAUCUGCUGUUUAGCUCUAUGUUUUGGAGGAAUAUUUUACCAUAAUUUAAAAACCUCUAUUUUUGCAGAGGUCUUAUUGAUUGGAAAUUUUAGUUAAACCAAUUUGGACUGAAAUUUAUUUUUGUACUACUUGAGAAAAGGAUUUAAAGAAAUUGUGUAUGAGAUUUUUGGGGGGAGGGGGAGGUGGCUAUGGAAACCUUAAAUUCUUAGAAAUAUUACUAAGAUGUUGUUUGCCUUUUUCAUUCUCAUUCUCUUACGAGCAUGCAGUGGAAUUUUCCAGAGGCUAACAAAAGGAUGUGUGAUAUCUGAUCGCACUGAAUUCACAGCAGAUCUGCGAAUCCAGCUGUCUUCUAGUAUGUCAGAUAUUAAAGAGACUUGCCAACAUGCAUGCCCAAAGAAAAAUACGAGCCCCCUGACCCUCGGAGGAUGUACACAAUUAUGUCCUCCGAGGAAGCAGCAAAUGGAAAGAAAUCACAUUGGGCAGAGCUUGAAAUAAGUGGAAAAGUAAGAAGCUUAAGCUCAUCUUUGUGGUCACUAACUCACCUGACAGCUUUGCAUCUGAGUGACAAUUCCCUGUCCCGUAUUCCUUCAGACAUUGCCAAGCUUCACAAUCUGGUGUAUCUGGACCUGUCUUCUAAUAAAAUCCGGAGUUUACCGGCAGAACUCGGAAACAUGGUAUCACUCAGGGAACUCCAUUUAAAUAACAACCUGUUACGAGUUCUACCUUUUGAGCUGGGAAAACUGUUUCAGUUGCAGACUUUAGGCCUGAAAGGAAAUCCACUUACCCAAGAUAUACUGAACCUCUAUUUGGAACCAGAUGGAACAAGAAGGCUACUGAACUAUUUGCUUGAUAAUUUGGCAGGUACUGCAAAAAGAAUUUCAACAGAACAACCACCUCCAAGAUCUUGGAUUAUGUUACAAGAACCAGACAGAACAAGGCCUACUGCCUUGUUUUCUGUCAUGUGCUACAAUGUUCUUUGUGAUAAAUACGCGACCCGGCAGUUAUACGGCUACUGUCCAUCAUGGGCGCUAAACUGGGACUACAGGAAAAAGGCCAUUAUUCAAGAAAUCUUGAGCUGCAAUGCUGAUAUCGUAAGUCUUCAGGAGGUUGAAACAGAACAGUAUUACAGUUUUUUUCUGGUAGAACUGAAAGAACGUGGCUAUAAUGGAUUCUUUAGUCCUAAAUCUAGAGCUAGGACAAUGUCAGAACAAGAAAGAAAACAUGUUGAUGGCUGUGCAAUAUUCUUCAAGACAGAAAAAUUUACUUUGGUUCAGAAACACACUGUUGAAUUUAAUCAGCUAGCGAUGGCAAAUUCAGAAGGGUCUGAAGCUAUGCUGAACAGAGUCAUGACAAAAGAUAACAUUGGAGUUGCAGUACUGCUAGAACUUCGAAAGGAAUUGAUUGAAAUGUCAUCUGGAAAGCCACAUCUCGGAACAGAAAAACAACUGAUUCUUGUGGCUAAUGCUCAUAUGCAUUGGGACCCUGAAUACUCUGAUGUGAAGUUGGUUCAGACAAUGAUGUUCCUCUCAGAAGUGAAGAACAUUAUUGACAAAGCCUCACGGAGCCUCCAGUCCAGUGUGUUGGGAGAGUUUGGAGCUAUUCCACUGGUGUUGUGUGCAGAUCUUAAUUCUUUGCCAGACUCUGGUGUUGUAGAAUAUUUGAGCACUGGUGGAGUAGAAACAAACCAUAAAGACUUUAAGGAGCUGAGAUAUAAUGAAAGUCUCACAAACUUCAGCUGCAAUGGGAAAAAUGGGACGACCAAUGGCAGGAUCACGCAUGGGUUCAAGUUAAAGAGUGCCUACGAGAGUGGCCUGAUGCCCUACACGAACUACACCUUCGAUUUCAAGGGUAUAAUUGACUACAUCUUUUACUCUAAACCUCAACUGAACACUUUAGGCAUCCUGGGACCUCUGGAUCACCAUUGGCUAGUUGAGAAUAAUAUCAGCGGCUGCCCACACCCACUCAUCCCCUCUGAUCACUUCUCACUUUUUGCACAACUGGAGCUCUUACUGCCUUUCCUGCCCCAAGUUAACGGCAUUCACCUUCCCAGCAGGAGGUAGUCAAGUACCUUCAGAGGACGACCUCAGUUUCAUUUGUAAACUCAUAAAAAUCUGAAUAGAGGGGAGUGAGGUAUGGCCACUAGGGUUUUUUUUUUUCCUUAAUGGUAAUUUGAGUUUUCAAUCUGAUUUUUUGAUAAAGAUAUAGUAUGAAAGCCAGGUGCUAGCAACAGACAAAUACUGAGCCCAAUAUGCUUUAUAUACUGUUAGACAGGGAUUGGUGUGUGUGCACCUCUCUUUAAUUUGUUACAAGUGAUUUUCCUGUUUCUUCUAUUCAAAUAAUAUUUUCAUGCCUUGAAAUAGGAAAAUGUUUGAACAGCAUACUCUCUUUGCACAGAAAUCUGUAGCACUGCUUUCCUGAGGCCAGUAGUACCAUCCAGAGACCAUUCUCCCAUACUUGACUCUUCCCUUUUCAGACUUGUUUGUAAAAUAAAGACUUUGAAUUUAGCCUUUAUGAUUGUAUAUGAUCCACAGGAGACCUGAUUUAUGAAAUUUUGUACUAAAAAAAUCAGAUUUGGAAAUGAUUGUAUUAUAAACUAAGGCUAAGUUUUUUUUACCUGUUUCAUGCGUUAUAAAGGCCAGCUUGUAAAAGAAGCUGCAACAGACUUUCUCUGCUGAUGAUUUGCACUGUUAGGGUUUUGUUAGCCCUUUUGUACUACUUUAUUUUUAAAUUGAGAACAUUGCUCUUUAAAUCUGUUUAAAGCUUAGGACAUUUUCUUGGACCAGCGACAACUUAUCCAUGAAACCCUGUGUUGUCAUGAAAACUAUCUACAGGAGAGAGAAGCUGCACAGUGAAAGAUCUGGGCAUCUGUGGACUGAAUGUAAUGGCUGGUAUAUGUACAUUCUGAUAUUUUUAAAUCUUUAACUUUUAAGUUAAAACAUUACAGCUGCUUAGGUACAGCUUCUUAACUCGUUUUUGAGGCGCUUCCUGUCCUAUCUCCACUGUGCCUGCCUAAAUUUGUUCUCGCUGAGCACUGCCUGUGCGUGCAGAGAAAGUCUGUGCAUCCUCUUUUAGAUUUUUAAAUACUGUUUAACGUUUGUGAGAAUUUUGUGAAAAUGCUUUUGUGUGAGCUGUGGCUCUUCCCGUUGUGAAGCACCGAAAGUCACAUUUGGAACAUGCUCCUAGGGUGGGUCCCUGGGUCUCUGCUCAUCAGACGCAAGCACUGCUUCUUGGCGCCGUUGCACAGUGCUGUCCGUCGCCUAGAGCGCUACUAUCAUGUGAGCUCUUUUUUGUUUUCCAUGAAUUCUUUAGUCUCCAUGUUUUUUAAAAUCAUUCCUUUUUUUAAAAAAAGAAAGUGAUUUUCCGUUUAUGAAACAGUAUAAAGGAGAUAUAUUUUCAAAACAGGUCCCCAAGACAAUUCUUCAGAUCAUUUUUAAAGUGACUAAGUCAUUUUAAUAUGUCGACCAAGAUCAAGUUAUAUUCUGCUCUGUAUUUUGCCCAUAGUGCCAUUAGUAGAUUAGAGAUCGAAGCCAGCUGUAACUUUGCAAAGUUAACUCAUGUAUAUUUUGUUCUCAUUCAUUCAUUCUUCUCUCAAAAAUCAAAUGAAUUCAGAGGGAACUUGGUUUAACUGCUUUUGUUUCAACUGCAGGCAGGGGAGCAAAAGGAUACCAUGUGAGCAUUAAACAAAAAUUGUUGAUUGUUAACAAUUUUUAUAUAGAGAAGGAGUCAUUUUGGAUAAUGACUUAAAAUUUUAUGAAAAAUGUUCGGCACUUAAAUGUGCUUAAUUUGUUUUUCAGAGAAAAUAAAAUUACAUACUGUUUAAAUAAAUGAUGAUUUUUUUUUUCUUUCUUUCUUUCUUUCUUUUAAAAAAAUUUUCCUGAAGGUUUUGAUCUCGAAUCUUUGUCUUGGACCUGGUUUUUCCUUUGAGGUCUUUAAAGAUUUUGUUGUGAUGGUUUUUUUUAUUUUUUGCUUUUUGUUUAAGUUGUGCCGACACCAAACACACCCAGUUUAUAAUCAGUCCAUUAGAAGCUCGUAUUGAUGUAGAACUAACGCAUAAAUUUUAUGGGGUUUUUGUUUUAUUUUUUUGUAAAGUGUGAAUAAAAGGUGUGUUUACUCAUUUUUCCUAAACACUGUGUUGGUAAUGUGCAUCAUGACAAUUUCCAGCAAGGGCAAGCUGGAGCUGGUUGGACUGAGGAGACGAAGGGAGCCACUUUUCCUGUAAUCUGCCUUUUGUCAGAACAGGUCCGAGAGCUUUAUGGAAGGGGAGGGGAGAAGCACUUCCUCUGUGCGUGGAGGAUGCAUUCUUCUCCUAGAUGCUGGAACUAGAGUGCACUUCUUAGAUGCUGAAGGUUUGAGCUUUAUACAAAGUGUUUUCAUCUGUAUUGAUAUUGUCUACAAUAUGUUUGAAUCUGGGGCAACAUAGUGAUAUAUAACGGCCGGUUAUGUCUUGAAAAUAUUUGUUCUUGCCUCUUCUUGGCAUACUGCAUUCUGUGGGUCAGUUUGAACAGCUUCCCCACCUUAUUGAGAUAGUUAUAAAUUGAACCAAGAGUAUAGAUUUACAACUGUAACUUCAAAAGAGAAAGAAAUAUUUUAGGCCUGUGGGGAAUAAAUGGUCACCCCAAGAUAGAUUAUGAUAACUUUUGUUAAGCGAGGUUUUGUGUUUUAAAUAUUUUCUGUGUCCUGAAUAAUUUCCAAUAAUCCAUACUCCCUAAAAUGCAAUAAAUCCUAGUAUGUUUUCACAGUAUAGAUUUUUUUUGACAAAUUCUAUAACAAAUAUAUUUAAUGUGGUGUUGCCAUAAUGUAAUUUCAGUGUUCUUGCUGGACAAAUCCAUCUUAUGAAUAUUUUACAGAAGAUUUGGGGUAUGUUUUCUCUUUUAAUGAUUAGAAAUUUGAAAAUCCUUGUGUAAAUCUCUUGAAAUGCUGUUUACCAUAUAAGUGGUAACUAUUUAUGCUUUGAGAAUUUAAAUAAUGUUCAUCAAAAUUAAUUUAUGGCAUAAUUUAAAGUUGUAGAAAUAAAAUGUUGAUUGCAACUUUAAUAGUCCUACAAGAUAGACAAGGAACAUCUCCAAGAAAUAUGUUUUUAUUUGAUUUGGUUACAGCCAAGAAAACUUAUUUUGAGUUAGCACUUUGAAACCUAAGGACAUUAUUAAAUUGGGUGGAAUGCACUUCUGAAUGUUGAAAUUAAAAUUUCAAAGCUCUGCUAAGGUUCAGGUUUUCAAUAAUAAAUACCAGUUUUAGUAUUGCGUUUUUUACUAUUUAAACUCAUGGGAUUUGUUUCCAUAGAGACUUUUAAGGUUUUGGAAUCAUCUCGUAUAAGAACAAAAGCCAACCUAGGCAAAACAAUUACAGCAGUUUGUUCUUUUAAUGAACCAAUCAGAAUAUCCAGUACAGAUGCUGCAGAUAAUUCAAAGAACAUCUCACAAGUGUUUCUCCCCCACUUGUAAACAGUAUUUUAAGAUGUUCAUUUCGCUCUUCUUUUUGGUGACAUAAAUUUUAUUCAUGUUCAAGUAGUGUCUACAACAGAGUAUCUAAUCUUAUUCACAGUACAUUAUAUUGUGUAAUGCACUGGACUACUUUUGUUUACCAUUCAUGUAACAAAACUCAGCACAUUAUCUGCACUAAGCUCAAAGAAUGUCGCAUUUGCCUGGGCGGCUCUUUGAUACGGGCAUAAGCCGAAUGUGUACCUAUGGACUGGUGGUAACAAGGGCUUUUACUGUUCUUUCCAGUGGAACCUUCUUGGUCAAAUUGUAACUAGCUAGUAUUAUAUUUAUAUACAGGGUCUCUUUUCUUUACCAAUGUAUUUUCCUACUCAUAGCCAACAAAUAAAUUCAAUAUCUGUUUCAAA